AUGAUUGUGGGAGCUGUUGUUAGUGGACAAAUGGCUUUGUCCAUGGGCGGGAUGUUUCCUGGUCAGCAUCCUCCUGGACCUCAUGCACCUGCAGGUCCCGGGGGUCCAGGUCAGCCAUGGCUUCUCACAGCUCCCUCAGGUAAUAGAGGAACAAAUAACACUUUAGCAGAUGAACUGGAAGCUUCUUUCCAGGAUGCAUCAGAACUGAAGAAUGAACUCCAAAGGAAGGAGAUGUUGAUUCAGAAACAUCUUACUAAGAUCCAUCACUGGCAGCAGGUGUUGGAGGACAUCAACGUCCAGCACAAGAAGCCCACAGAACUGCCACAGAGUCCACUGGCCUCCCUGGAACAGGCCUCAACAAUCCUCCCUGCUCCCUUGAAACCAAACUGA